CGCAAUUACAACUGCCUUCAAUUCCUACUAGUUUAGUGUUGUUUUCUGGGUUAAAUGGAUGUUAAUUGUGUUCAAGAGUGAGAUGAAUGAGGUUGAUGAAAAAGCCGAUGAAAAACUUAAUCAAAAAUAUAAUGAAAAAGUUGAUUUUGAUGAUAUUUUGGAAUUAGUUGGAGGAUAUGGACGUUUUCAAAGAAGAUUUAAUUACAUAUUUAACGUAUUGUUUUUGGCUUUGGUAUGUAUGGUAAUUAGCAAUCUAUUUUUGGCCUUGAGUGUACCCAAACAUUGGUGUUAUGUGCCGGGAAGAGAAAACACCAAUUUUACUAUAGAACAAUGGAAAGAAAUUACAAUUCCAAGAAAUCAAUCGGGUGAAAAUUUAAAAAAUGAUUUUGCAUCUUGUAAAAUGUAUCGAAAUUUCAGUUUGGAUCAAAACGAAAUUGUUGAUUGUCAAUUUGGAUACGAUUUUGAUACAACAUGGUACACAGAAACCUUCGCUAUGAAACACAAAUGGGUUUGUGGUAACGAGAUAAAUGUGGCAAAUGCUUUCUUUUUUCAAAAAUUAGGAGACAUUUUUGGAGGUUUAAUUUUUGGCCCAAUAGGAGAUCAAUAUGGUCGCCAAUUAAUUUUUUAUUUAACCUUCACAAUAUUAUUUGUGAGUCGCCUCGCAAUGUUGUUCACAAGCUCAUCAACAACACUCUUCAUGAUAACGUGUUUUUUAAGCGGCUCAGCAACAUUUGGUGUAUUCCAAUCAUCAUUGGUAAUAGCCUUAGAAAUUUGUCAUCGAAAAGUUCACGCUUACAUGGCAAUGUGUCAAUGUGUUGGCUGGGCAAUUGGUUUUUGUAUUAUGCCAUUUAUAAUGUGGUAUUUAAAAGAAUGGAAAUCAUUUAUACUGAUGACAACGAUUCCGAGCGGAAUUUUCUUUUUCUCUCGUCGUUUCAUGAUCGAAUCGCCCCGAUGGUUAUUUAAUAAAGGAAAACGAAAGAAAUGUUUAAUGGCGAUGAGAAAAAUUGGAAAAAUUAAUGGGGUUGAUGUUGGUGAUGAAUUAGAAAGCAUGGUUUUGAUUGGAAAUGAAUUGAAACCCGAAAAGGUUUAUGGGGCGAUGAGUAUCUUUUCGCAUUGGAGGUUUGCUAAAAAUUCAAUUAUUUUAAUUAUGGGUUGGGCUAUUGAGAAUGUAGUGUAUUAUAUUUUAACGAUGAAUAUUAUUAAUUUGGGUGGAAACCCUUUCAUGAAUUUCUUCUGGCAAGGAUUAGCUGAAAUUCCUGGGAAUGUUUUGGGGAAAAUAGCUGCUGAUAAAAUUGGAAGGAAAUGGUCCGCUUUUAUCGCAUAUGUUGGGCUUGCUUUCGGAACUCUUCCCAUUUUAUUUACAGUUUAUGAUAAAAAUUAUGAAUACAUCACAUUAAUCUUUGGGGUUUGUUUAAAAUUCUUGCUCACGUUUGCUUUCUAUGCUAUUAAUUUACAAGCUUUGGAAACAUUUCCUACUGCAGUUAGGCAAAGUGGAACUUCCGUUGGAGGUGUUACAGCUAAUAUAUUUGGAUUAUUAGGUCCUUACAUAGUUUAUUUAGGAACAACAACAAACGCAUCCAUUCCUUACUUAAUUUCUUUCACCUUAGCAAUUGUUUAUGCAUUUGCACUUUUAUUUUUACCUGAAACUUUAGGUGAAAAGCUUCCAGACACAUUAAACGAUGCUCAUGUAUUCGGUAAAGAUCAACCUUUUUUUUAUUUCCCAAAACGAAUGCAUUCAAUGGUCCCAAAUAAAGAAAAUACUCAAAAAAUAAGUUAAUCAAGAAAUAAAAAUAUUAAGUUUAAAUAAAUAUUUUAUUAAAAGCGCCAUCUUUUGUCCUUAUCCUUACUCAACCACAACAUUUCAAUCACCAUGAAGUUAGCUU